AGAGAAAAAGUUGGAGGAAUAACAAGACAAUGGACGGGUAAAAAAAAAAAGUUUAACGCGGGGGAUUCGCGAGAGAGAAUCGAAGAAGGACGAUGCUUGUUCGAGCCAUGGCUCGCGACUUCGUCGACCGAUAAGCGGCGAGCUCGUGGAUAAAUGCACGACACACCGAGAUCACCAUGGACGCGGUUCAAUUGUUCCUUGUGCUGCUGGCAUCGUCGCGCUACUUUCUACAUCCGAUCGAUGGUGCUGUUCGCAGCGAGAAGCCGGCCAACGAGGAGAAUAGAAAUAACGUCCUUUCUUCGGUAACUGCAUCUGUCAAGGAUGUCCUGGCGCAGUCCGGCGGCAACGCUAUGCUGCCGUGUAGAUUCUCCGGCCCCGGAAUAGUAACGUGGAUCAGAAGAAAGGACAGGCAAUUACUGACGUUAGGCACAGGUACUCACGCCAUCGACACGCGGUUCAUCGUCGUCUCGAACAGCCCGGAUUGGACGUUGCUGAUCAAGAACGUUAAGCCCGACGAUGCUGGCCUGUACGAGUGCCAGAUUCAAACGGAGCCGGUCCAACAGCGAUUCAUUCGACUGAAAGUGACAGAGGCGUACUCCGUCAUCCCAGGGGGCCCUGACCUGCACGUGAAGCAAGGAUCCAGCCUUCGACUCGAGUGUCAAUUAAUCGCGUCGACCGAGGCGCCCAGCUUCAUCUUCUGGUAUCGAGAGGGGCGCAUGAUCAACUACGACGACGAGCCGGGUGUCAGAGUGGAAGCUACGAAAAACGGAUCGAUCCUGGUUGUCGACAAAGUGAAACUUUCACAUGGUGCUAAUUACACUUGUUCCCCGAGCAACGCGAAACCGGCGUAUAUCAUGAUACACGUGAUCGAAGAAGAGGAAAAACCGGCGGCUAUGCACGGCGGUGAUCGGCGAAACGCUACGUCGAGAGCGUCCAUCAACGUCAUGUUGAUUUUUCUGACAUUUCUCGGUAUACGCACCUCGAAUCGACUUUGCCCGCGUCAAGCCUGCGCCACGUGACCAGCCUAUCCUGUCACCGAAUUGAUACAGGCCACGGAAU